AUGCGCGACUUCAUUCAUCGCCUCUACCCCUACCAAGCCUUCAAACUGAUGCUCCAACGCGUCCAACGACAACACCAACGUCUUCCUAGUGCAACAGCAGCCACCACCACAACAACUCAUUCCCCAUUGUCCAACUCGUCGUCUACACACCCUCCUCCUCCUCCUCCUCCUCCGCCAUUCAACCCAAUUCAGGCACGCUCUCACCUCGUCUCCUACUUUACGGCCCUCAAACAAGCUGCCACAGCCGCCGCUUCUCCUUCUUCUACCCAAUCACUACCAGCAACAAGAACGCAACUCACCCAAUCCCACCUCGGCUUCAACCUCUCCAUCCGUCCCUCCCAAAUCCCAAACUCCGGCCUCGGCGUCUUCCUCCACCGCCACGACCACCACCCAACCUCGACAUCCACCUCCACCAAACCUCCAACAAUCCCCACAGGAACGAUCGUAGCCCUCUACCCAGGAACGCUCUACCACCCCGGCGAAGCAAUCUUCUUCAACUCGCUCCAGAACCGUUACAUCCUCAAAUGUGAAGACGGUAUCUUUGUCGACGGUAAACCAACUGGUCUCUCGGGGUCGAUCUUUCGAUCGGCGAAUGGGCGAGAUAACUUUCCUGGUUGUGUUCCUACAGCCGAUAUUACAUGGAUGGUCAAUUGGUCCAAACUUUGGUCCUCAACCCUUCUUCCUUCAGCUUCAUCAUCAUCAUCAUCAUCACCAUCGCCAUCGCGGUCGUCAGUACCCUCAGACAAAACUACAGUCACUAGCGAUAACAACAACAACAACAGAGAAGAACUACAGGGAAUCGAUACAUCAACACUACUCAAGAACCCACUUGCAGUCGGUCAGAUCGUCAACAACGGAACCGCACAGUACCCACCCAACGUUCGGUAUCAAGAACUUGAUAUCCAAACACGCAGCUUUCCUUUGGACCUACAAGAGUUCCUCCCCAACAUAUGGUACUCUGGCGACUGGCACUCUUACGACCACGACUACGAGCUUGAAGAUAAUGGAGGAGAUCCAUGUAGUAGGGAUAUGGAACGGAUAACAGGGAGUGGAGGGCUGGAUCGAUUAAGAACCGUCGUGUUAGUCACGACCCGACCUAUCGAGAAGGACGAAGAAUUGUACUCCACCUACAUUGAGUAA